AUGGAGCAUGGCUCCUACAUGGAGGAUGCCAGCCACCUGGUGGGGCAGGUCCUUGGCGCUGCCGCCCACCUGCACAGCCCGGGCAUGGUGCACCAGGAUCUCAAGGGACCUGAUGGCCCACUCUAUACCACACCCUGUGAGGACUCUGAGAGCAUGGUCUCCGACUUCGGCCUCUCCAAAAUCCAGGCUGGCACUGUGAGCCUGUGUGAUGGGCCCGGGAAAGCGGCGCCAGAGCUCUUGCAGCAGAAGCCCUUUGGGAAGGCCCUGGCCCUGUGCCUGGGGGUCAUCUCCUACAUCCUGUUGUGUGGGUACCCUUUCUAGGACAAGAGCGACGCUGAGCUCUUUGGCCAGACACUGAGGGCCUGCUCCAAGUUGGACUCUCUCCUCCGGGAAGACAUCUCUGAAUCAGCCUCGCCCCGCUGGAAGGUCAGCAUGGGGAGCCCCACCUUUGGGGUGACAGCCACAGCUGCCCAGGGGCCCCUGUGGUCCUUGCAGUCUUAG